AUGUGCCCCAACCUCAACUGGAUCGUCCUCACGUUCUACGGCUCACCCACUCCCCACCCCGCCUCCCGAAAUACACAUGGCUCCCCUCUCAGUUUCGCCCGGCAGAAGAACUCGACGCCGACAUUCGACGAGGAGAUGCUCAUAUCUACCUGGCCCAGCCUCCGUGAACUCUCGCUUCAUGGCUAUCUGCCUCAGCUUGUCGCCGAAGAGCCGUUUCAAUCUCUUUGGCUUCCGAUGUUGAGGGAUUCGGAGGCAACAGUCCUGGCGAAGGAAUAUCCCGCGAUGGAGGGCUUAAAUCUCGAGCGGUCUACGGCGUUCACGCCUAGGAAAGACGUCGCUUUGAAGGACAUCGCUCUCGGUGUGGAUGAGAAUACGUCGUUGGGGCCGUGGGAUGGCCCGUGGAGUGUUGAUGCUGUGGAAGGGAGAUGA